AUGAAAAAUUUAAAUCCAUUUUUAAUUUCAAAUAAAAGUCAAGAAAUGAAUUUUUAUAAAUGUUUCUUAUUUAAAAUAAUUAGAGUGUUUUUAAAAAAUUGUGAUUUGGUUGGUUUAAAAAAUAAUUGUAAUAAUAUUAACUGUUUUAUUUAUAAUUUAAAUAAUUUAAUAAGGUUUGCAUUUAUUUAUAAUCAGCUUAAAAACUUUUUUAAUUCAGUUAACAACAAAGAAAAGAAUUUACAGAUUAAAUACAAUAAUUUAAUAGUGUUUUUAAAAAGAGAAAUAACUGGUUUAAAAAAUUCAACAAAUACGUUAAAAAAAAUUUAUUUUAGUAAAAAAAGAAGAGGGUAUUUUUAUAACAUUAAUUACUAUGAUGGUUAUAAAAUUAUCGAUGAAAACGAUUUUUGUUUCAUGCAAGAGGUUAAAAAUAGUUUGAAAGAAUUUGCAUCUACUUGUUUGUUUAUUAUUAGAAAAAAUUGGAAAUAUGCUGGAACAAUGAAAGAUAGAAGUAUGUUUAUUUUUUUAAAUAAACAUAAAAUAAUUGUAAUAGAAAAAUUCAAAAAGUAUAUUGAAAAAUUAAACUAG